AUGCCUCCCCAUUCCUUUAUUUUUCAUCAACUAAAUGACCCACAUCUAUCUGCCGACCCACAUAUCUAUCUAUCUAUCUAUCUAUCUAUCUUAUUCAGUCCAUUCAUCUAUCUAUCUAUCUAUCUAUCUAUCUAUAUAUAUAUAUAUAUAUAUAUAUAUAUAUAUAUAUAUCUUAUUCAGUCCACAUAUCUAUUUAUCUAUCUAUCUAUCUAUCUAUCUAUCUAUCUUAUUCAGUCCACAUUAUCUAUCUAUCUAUCUAUCUAUUUCAUUGUUCACUCUUUUUUUCUGGACAUUAUCUAUCUAUCUAUCUAUCUAUCUAUCUAUCUAUCUAUCUAUCUAUCUAUCUAUCUAUCUAUCUAUCUAUUUCAGUCUAAUCCAGUCUCUUUAUUCUUCCUUCUUCUUUUCCUCCCACUACCAUUUCAUAUAUCCUCUUCUCAUGACCCAUUUUCUCCUCUUCCCUUUCCCCUUUAUUUCUCCUCCCUCCUUCUAAUCGAUAAAUAUCUGUUUUUACUCUUCCUUUCAUUAUUUUUUUUUAAAUUUCUUCUUAGCUUACUCUUCAUUUUCCUUCCAUUUCUUUCUUCAUUGUCUUCUUCUCCUUUCCUUUUCUUUAUCCUUUUACUUGGAGUAUUAUUUUUUUUCCAUUUAACUGUUGUCUUUUUUUGUUUCUUUCUUUCUAAUUUGUCGUUUCCGUUUCUUUAUUUUUCUCGUUUUUUUCUUUACUUUCUUUCGUAUUUUCUCGCUUUCCUUCGUUUUUUUUCUUUAGAUUCUUUCUUUCUUUCGUUUUUCUUAUCUUGCUUUAGCUUUCCUUUUCUUUUUUUCUUUCUUAUUUCGUCUUGUUUUUUCCUUUCUGUUUUUCUUUCUUUAUUUAUUAUUUUCUUUCUUUCUCUUGUUUUAAUUCAUCUAUCUUUAUUUUUUUUCUUUCUAAUUUUGUCCUGUCCCCGUUUUUCUUUCUUUUUUUUUUCUUGUUUUCGUUUUUCAUUCUUUCUAAUUUUCCUUUCUGUUUUAAUUUUUCUUUCUAAUUUUAUCCUGUCUUCGUUUUUCUUUUUACUUUCGUUUUUUUCUUUCACGUUUUCGUUUUUCAUUCUUUCUAAUUUUAUCUUGUUUUGGCACCUCCCUCUUUCUUUCUUUCUUUUUUUCUUUCUAUUCUUACGUUUGAAAUGUUCUCUCAUUUCAAUAUUCAUUUUCUUUCUCUUUUUAUUUCUAUUCACGCUUGCUUUCUUUCUUUCUUUCUUUCUUUCUUUCUUUAUUUAUUUAUUUAUUUAUUUCUUCUCUUAUUUAUUUAAUCGGACCAUCUCCAAACUCUUACUUCCCAAUGUUUUCUUUCUUUUCAUCUAUUUCUCUUUUCUGUUUCUUUCUAUACUUCGUCUUUCUCUUUCUCUUUACUCUUUUCUUUGUUUUAAUAUUUCUUAA